AUGGGGCCCAAAAAAGGAGGUGGGGAAGCAACCAAAAAAGCUGGGGAGGGUGGGAAAAAGAAAGGCAAGAAAGGUGGUCCACCAUCGCCUAAAGCUACAGAAGAGGUCAUCACGGAGGAGAUCCGCAAGUUUUAUCAAAUCCAGAUCCAGGACCUGGAGAAGAGGAUCAUUCAGUAUCAAAAGAAGUGGGAUGAAAUGGUGGUGAAGGAUAAACUCUUACGGGCUAAGUUUGAAAAGCUGGCUCAAAAUAAAAAGGAGAUCGUCUCCUUCCUUAAACGUUCCCUCAGCCAGCGAGUGUUUGAGAUCACAGAGCUCAAUGAACAGCUUCAGGGGUUGCAGAUCUCCAAGGAGAUGGAAAAGAAUGCCUUUGAGUCCCAGCUGGCCCAGGUGCGCCAUGAGUUCCAGGAGACCAAAAAUCAGCUCAUCUCGGAGAACGUCUUGCUGGGGGGGAAGCUGGCUGCCCUUGAUGAGUACCGGACCCAGAAGGAAGAGCUCAUGGCCAAAUUUGCCAUGCUGGAAGAACAACUGAAGAAGGAACAGGAUGAGUACAAGGACUGGAUUUACGCCCUGGAGAAGAAUGCUGUCUUAGAAAAAGACAGACUGAAGAAGGAAAUAGUCCAGCGAGUGAACAAGGUGGCAAUCGAGUUUCGCAAGGUGUCUGCUCUCCAGAUGUCGGAGACAACUAGGAAGGUAAUCCAGGAGAACAUGGUGGUGAACAAAGAGCUGGCCAAAGUGUCCAACCAAAGCCUACAGCUGAUCCAGGAGAAUGAAGAGCUGAAAGGGGACACAAAGGAGAUGAGCAAGCAGCUGGACUUGCUGGAGAGCAACAGGAAGAUGAUGUCUAGUGAGAGCGUGAAUCGCCUCAAGCUGAUAUGGUUUCUGGCCGAAAAGUGUGAGGAGCAGCAGCAGAAAAUGGAAGAAGCUGAAAAGAUAAGGGCCAUGUUGGAGCAGUUAGAGAUGGCUUUCCAGCAGUUACAGCAAGACAACCAUGAUCUAAGGAAUGAUAUAGAGGAGCUAAAGAUGAAGCUCAGGUACAACCAGGUGGAAACAAAAAGACUGACUGAGGAGCUGGAAAGAGAGCAGAAACGAAGUCAAAAUGUGGAACAAGUGCUGACCCAUGCCAGGUUCCUGCUCCGGGAUCUGCUGUCGAUGCACCCUGAGCACGUCGAGGAUGGCCAGUUUAAUGUGCUCUUCCAGAUGGAGCAGAAGGAGAUACUGUACCAGCUGAUGGCCAUGCUGAGCCAUGCUGUGGUCCUGGGGCCACAUGUGGCUCAGUUCAUUGGAGUCCGACAAAAAGCUCCCCACUUUCCCACAAAGACACUGCAGGAGAGAUGUGAGAACCUCAAACCCAUCCAACAGCUGACCAAGAGCACGCCAUACAGGCUGUCGGGCCUGAGUGCAAUGUUCCAACCAGCUCACAUCCCCUUCAACCCAAAAGACAUUGAAAUGCUCUCCCAAACCACUCGUCUCAGAAAGUUCAAGGUAUCCACUGUCCCUGAAAUUUCCUUUCCAAACUCCUUCAGCCGGUUCACACUGCCUGCUAUCACCCUGAAGAAGAGACAGCUCUCUUCUGCCUCCUCUGUGCCCUCAGACCCUAUGGAGAAGGAAACAGAGGAGGAAGAGCAAGCUUCACCCUUGGAAGACAAACCUUUAUUCCCUGAGCAGGGAGAAGAGAACAUUAAUUAA